ACUGUCCAUGAUUGCUGCUUCUCAUAAGGAGCGAAUGCUCGACGUACCCUGACCUACUUAUUUCUCCAUCAGCAGCACUCAAUAUUUGUCGUACAACAUCAUGGCUACAGUCCGGAGCGUGCCUCAUCUCCCUUCUCCCCUCUUCCAGCGCAGAUCCGAGAACCGCGCCAAGCCGCUCCAGCUUCCUCAUCGAGUAUCGGGACCCAGCGACUCGGGUGGCUCAGCUAGCAGUAGCGAUCGAUUCAUACCUCCGAGCACCAACGAUAGAGCGAAUGACCACAGCUCUACUCUUCCUUCGGAAGACGCCGCAGACGGAGCGGCACACGACUUCCGUCCGCAGCCCUGUGUCGAACCUCUCUGCAUCGAUGAUCUCUUCCUCAAAUUGUCGAUUGCUCCACCACGUUGUGAGGACGCAGCACAUGUUUCCACUGCUCCAAACAAAGAACGUCGAAUCUCUCCUACUGCUUCAGCAAGCUCCAGCACAGACUCGCUGUGGGGCACACCUAUCGAUGCGACGGCCAUCAGACUGGGCCUCGUUAGUCCUUCGGGCGGUCGAACUCCUGUUGUAUCUCCUCACCCUGGCCCUAGCGGCGACGCCUGCCCUUCGCCAACUGAGCGGUGCAGCACUCCCACCAUCUCUUCAAGCCGCAAAGACCCUGCUUCCCUCUCUACCGCAACGCCUUCACUGCUCGCGGUGGAAACGUCUAGAGCUGUGAUGCUCCACACGGCAGAGUCGUGUCUUACUUCGGCCAGUAGUGCUCUGGAGAACGAUUGCAGGUCUAGACAGCUGGACUCACCCUCUCGGGAGCCUGCACAGGUCUGCAGCGGGAGACGCUCCUCGAUGUGACCCUGAAGUAGGGGAGCUGAUGGGACAAUGACGCUCGUGAAUCAGCAACAAGUGCUAUUCUAGCAGACGACCACGACCUGAUCUCUGGGACAGAGGCCGUCAAUAUCUCGUAUGUCGGACGUACACUCCCACUUGCAAUGCAGCUCUUUUCGAUAAAUGGCACGAGCA